AUUUAUUUUUACAAAGUCCACCGGCCAUGGCAGGAGAUAACCUGCCAUACACUUAUCCACCACCUCAUUAUUAUUUCCACGAUCUAUAAAUAAAAUAAAAAAAUCAAAAUUUUGAGCUUCAGUUGUCAAAAAAUUUGAAAUUUAUCGCUGAAUUAUUCGGUUAAGUAAUUAAAACCCUUCAAAAAUUUUCAAUUUUUUCUUUUAAUGGGUGAUUCGCCCGUACAGACAGAGGCAGAGCAACCACCUCCAGCGCAAAUCCCUCUGCUCAAUUCGAACAACCGAAACGACACCGCUCAAAACCAGCAGCAACGACGGCAACAACGAGAAAUCCGAACAAGCAACGACCUCGAUGAUUCCUUGGAAAAGUUGGAGAGGUUUUUGACUUUUCUCGGUUUCAAUCAAUCUUCUUGGCUGAGCUUUUCCUUGUCUUGGGCGGCGUUCUCGGUGGUUGGGGUUUUGGUUCCGGUUUUAGUGCUGGAACUUUCCAAUUGCGACAGUUGCGAGACGUACCAGAUUAAGAAUUUCGAGAUGGUUAUCGUGGCUUCUCAGGCCUGUUUGGCGGCCGUUUCUUUGUUUUGCAUUUCGUUUAAUCUCAGAAAUUACGGUAUUAGGAAGUUUCUAUUUGUUGACCGAUACGGCGGUCAAAUGGCUCGUUUUACCAACCUCUACGUUAAACAAAUUUUGGAUUCAAUGCGCCUGCUGAUAUGGUGGUCGCUGCCAUGCUUUAUUUUGAAGACUGCACGUGAGAUCAUCCGUAGCUUAUACGUGCAACGUGAUUCAUGGUGGAUUUCUGUUGCUAUUUUAUUAGCUUUGGUUUUGUCGUGGACUUAUGCGAGUACGAUUAGUCUAUCUGCCAGCAUUUUGUUUCAUUUAGUCUGCAACUUGCAAGUUAUUCACUUUGAUGAUUACGCAAAGCUCCUGGAAAGAGAAUCUGAUGUUGUGGUAUUUAUAGAGGAGCACAUUCGACUACGGCAUCAUCUUUUCAAGAUAAGCCAUAGGUUCAGAAUUUUUCUUCUUUUACAGUUCUGUGUUGUCACAGCUAGCCAAUUUGUGACUCUUCUCCAGACAACUGGAUACAGUGGAAUAGUUAACUUCAUAAAUGGAGGUGAUUUUGCAGUCUCCUCAAUUGUUCAGGUUGUUGGGAUUAUUCUGUGCUUGCAUGCAGCCACAAAAAUUUCUCAUAGAGCUCAAGGAAUUGCAUCACUUGCUAGUAGAUGGCAUGCAUUGGCAACAUGCACUUCAACUGAUGCCUCCCUGAGAAGUUCAAAUAGUGUGGGAAACAUGGAAGCUCUUAAUCAAUUGAACUCACUACAUAUGACUCUUUCUGAAAGUGAUCUGGAGUCGGUGGAUUAUGUUGCCAUGCCGACAACUACGCAGUUAGCUUCUUAUAUGUCUUCAUAUCACAGAAGACAAGCUUUUGUGAUGUACUUACAGACCAAUCCUGGAGGCAUUACUAUAUUUGGAUGGACAGUUGAUCGGGGUCUUAUCAACACAAUUUUUUUCAUCGAGCUUUCCCUGGUUACAUUUGUGCUUGGAAGGACCGUAGUCUUCGCUUCUACGUAAUGUUCUCCAUUACUGCCUGCAUACAAAUCUCACUCGCUAGCUAGCACCUGGUUAAUUCUCGAUAGGAAAUGAUCCUUAUGGUUAUUGUUAGAAAUUGCUCAAGUAUCAUCUUGAAUGGUGCUGAUAAACAAGCCAACAGCAACAAGGCCUUUAGUUCGACAAAGGUUUGGGAAUUUUGAACAGUGCAACACAUGGAUGCAGCACCAUUUUCCUCGAUCUUCGAUUUGAUUAAUUAAUUUAUAUAUACUUUGUCAUAUACCAAACAAAACAAAUUUGUCUGGUAAAAGGGAAAAUCUGCGUUCACCUAUAUCUCUUAGACAAGUAUGUGCC